AUGGCUUCCGAUUUUCCAAUCCCUGGUUACGCGGUACCACCAGAUAACGACGUUGCCCCACAACCUCAAGGCCCUUCCAAUAUUACCACCUAUGUGGGUGAUACUGACCCUUUUGAAUGGGUUCAGAAGUUCGAAGCGGCAAUGACCCUCAAUGGUGAGACUGACCUCCUCAUGUGUAGAACCUUUCCAACACUUCUAGGUGGGAGAGCGUUGACAUGGUACACCACUUUGCCAACCGGGAGUAUUGCUUCCUGGGACGAUUUGGAGAGCAAGUUUCAAACUCAUUUCGCAACGAGUCGCCCUGGCCUAGACUCUAAAGUACAGGUACACAUACUCAUGUCAGGUUUGAGGCAAAGAGCAUUCGCCUAUGAACUCGCCCGCCAUGAAAUAACUGACCUAGAAGAGGUCCAGAAAAAAGCUCAAGAGUUCAUGCGUAUCGAAGAAUAUAAGGGGAGCAGAGCCGAUGACGCUCAGAGCAGAGAGAGAAAAUCCAGCAAAAAUAAAGACCAAGACGAGGAGGACAGGAAAAUUCACUAG